GAGAAGCGAGAGAGAGAGAGAGAGAAAGUUGGGGCGUCUGAAUCUUCGUAAAACCGGGAAUUUCCAAAACCGCUCUUGGUUUUGGCGAUUCUGUGGUUUGAGAGAGAGAGAGAGAGAGAGAGAGGAGAUUUAUUUUUCUUCGAGUUCUCCGCUUCGCUUUCGAUUUCUUCCUUAGUAGCCGUCGAUUCUCUCUCAUCUGAGCUCGAAGCCGUCGAUCUGAAAAAUCUCUUCUUGGCCCUUGCAGGUUUUGCUUCCUACGCUCAGAGUCAGCUGCGUUUGCAGAUCCCUCAAUCAAGCGGUCGAGAUCCAAAACCCUCUAAAAAAGAUCAGAAUCCAUGGCGGAGGAGCACCGAUUGCAAACACCCGAGGGCCACCGUCUCUGCGCGAACAACUGCGGAUUCUUCGGUUGUCCCGCAACCCUCAACCUCUGCUCCAAAUGCUACAGAGACCUCUGCCUCAAAGAAGAGCAGGCCUCGUCCGCGAAGGUCGCCUUCGAGAAGUCGCUUAACGGAGGAAUCCCAGCCCCUGUGAACUCCCCGUUAGAUCUAACGGAAACAGAUGACGACCGUCUGAGCCCACUAUCUCUGCCGUCAGCGUCGCCCUCGUCGUCGUCUGGCUCGGCUCAAGCCCCCUCCGGGGAGCAGAACCGCUGCUCUUCCUGUCGAAAGCGCGUCGGUCUGACUGGUUUCCGGUGCCGGUGCGGGACCACCUUCUGUGGGGUCCACCGGUACCCGGAGCAGCACGGGUGCACCUUCGAUUUCAAGGCUGUCGGGAGGGAGGAGAUCGCCCGGGCCAAUCCUCUCGUUAAAGCCCGGAAGCUCGACAAGAUCUAGUCUUUGUCAAACGGACGGUCUGGAUUGCGUAGUACAUGUAAAACCGCUAGAUUUCUCUCUUUUUCUUUUCUUCUCCUUCUUACUUACUUUUU